UGUCCCGGUCCCCAGUAGUCAGUCGGACCACUUUAUAAGUCGAGAAAAGAAGUCCUUUCGUGUGACGGGCCGCUUUCAGACAAGGCGCAGUUCUGGCUAAAGCAGUGCAACACUUUUCCAAGACUCGCUGCAAGGAUCGUACUGGUGGAGACGUGAUUACGUCACCGUCGCCGCUAUCGUCCCAGUCCAUGCUCCUCGGAUGUUAUCUCGUUUGGAUUAUAGGACUUCUGGCGGAAGAUGCUGCAUGCCUACGGCUAGUGGAGACCAAAGUCCCCUCAGCGGUGAUUCAGGGCGAGGGCAUGUGGCUCAAUUGCAGCUACGACCUGGAAUCCGACGAGUUGUACUCGGUCAAGUGGUACAAGAAUGACACCGAGUUUUACCGCUACAUUCCUCGGGACAGGCCACCUGCGCAGAACUAUGACCUGCCCGGAGUUGUUGUGGACAUGCAACGGUCGUUUGAAGGCAACGUCUACGUCGCAUCGGUCAACCUUUCCACGGAGGGUAGUUAUCGCUGCGAAGCAUCUGCAGAGGCGCCAUCGUUCCAGACUGACGUUCAAGAGAAGGAGAUCAAAGUAUUUGUGGUCCCGAAAGAGCAGCCAGUCAUCUAUGGGACGCGUCACCGAUACAAAGAAGGAGAUCUGGUCAACGUUACGUGCAAGGCCCCUUUCUCGCUGCCAGGGGCAAAACUCACUUGGCUCAUCAACGAUGAUGAGGUACCGUUGAAUUAUGUGAAGGAUCACGACCCAGAAAUCGACUUCCAAACACUCCAAAGUUCCAGUUCAAGCCUGACAUUCGUAGUGCAGUCAAAGCACCUCGCUGGCGUCAUGCUCAAACUGAAGUGCGUCAGCGUCAUCUCCGAGGUACUGCCCAUAUCUAGUGACGAGCUUAUUGUCGGUGACACGGUGCCUCCUGUCCCAUACCCAGAGACAUCACGUGACAGUCCUACAAUUGAGGGCGGCAGACCGAAGUACAGGAUAGGAGAUCUGGUAGACCUUACCUGCAAAUCUGCAAAGUAUGACUUUGCGCAAGAACUCAUGUGGUUUAUCAACGACAAAGAGGUGAAACAGGAAUACCUCGUUCGCAAACCAAGGAUCCCCGGGCAACGUGCCGAGCUGGGACUGCGCUUCCGAGCUCGACACGAAGACUUCGAAGACGAGCGCAUGCACCUGCGCUGCACUACGACGCUGUCAAACGUCAUCAGUGUUAAGAAUGUGGAAACAGCAAUUGCGAACGAUCACCACAGUUCUGGCCUUCGAGCGACAGCAGGAGCUAAUACCAGUGGAUCCAUGAACCUCAAUUCGAGGAGACUCCUGACCGAAUAUAUCGUUCUCUUGGUUCUCCUCAUCAUUGCUCUAUGAGCCUCUAUUUCCACAUAGAAUGGACGUUCGCCCCUGUUGAGAAUGAAAUUAAUUUAUACGCUCCAUACAAGACGUGCUGGAACAUGACUUGAGAAGUUGUUAGCUCCCACGACGAGUUGAUAACCCCGUCAAUCCCAGGAACGUGUUCACUAUUGGACAGUUAUGUAUCCUAGACUCACUUUUGAACAGAAAAUGAUGUGUGCUUUCGUAUUAUGUUGUUUUGAUGGAAACUGGUGUGAACCGGGAAUAUUAGGGAAGAGUACGAUGGCAUUUGUGGUACUUUUUGUGUACCAAUCUAAACAAAAAAGUCUGUAGUGCCGGAAUCGGCCAACAUACUAUCAGGUACAAGCACUCUUAGCUACCCGGAGUGUUUGUUUAUGUUUGCGUUCCAGUUUUACAGUUUUCGCCCUGGCUGCAGUUCCAGACCUUGCACUUGGCAUGCCUGCGCUUCGAACAACCCUGAGUGCGUAAAGACAUCUAUGGAGUUUAUGAUUCUGCGUCCGUGCUGGUACACUGUCAUUCGCGUUACAUUUGAUUUACAGAAAACUGGACCAAUCGUCAGCUUUAUUUCGAUUUCCAUCGCUAUUUGUCCAGUGUAAGAUCACCGGUGUACAAAUCACUCAUGCAUACGAGGCGAGUGAUCACGUCUUUUCCCCAUUGUCAUGAAUUAUUUAUGAAAUUGCAUUUACACAUUCGUGGGGUGUUGUUUAGACAGGUCGUCUGGUCAUGCUUCAUUUUUUGUGUGUUUAGAUUGAAUAUUUCAUUGAAAUUUCUCUCCGAAUGUGUAUGAUGGUGUGCGUAUAUUAUGAGUAAUUCUUGCUUGUCUGGCAAAACGACGCGAGUAUACUACACAUAGAAAUCUUAAGGAGUAUGCUAGAAGGAAACCUCCGAAACUGGGACGAGGGGAGCGCCAUAUUGAAUCAGCUACUGUUGCCGCGGCGCAUGCAAACAAAGGAAGCCAGUAAGCAUACAGCAAACAUAACGCCAAAAAUGUUUUUGGAACAGUAACACACCGCCAGAACCCAUGAAACCGUAAGAUAUAUGAAAACGCAUACACACACACACACACACACACACGAAGAAACAGACACGACACGGACGCCACAUGGGGUCGCCGUCUCCGCCGCUGCCGCUGCCUCAACCAGCCUUUACUACAAGCCUGGAUAGGGGCGGACACUGACAAAAUAUGUAGCCGACGGAAGGAAAGGAGCAACCGAGCAAGUGUUGCAACAGUUUUUGGAACUGUGCCUGCUUUCACGGGCUGGAAAUACACGACGUUUCCUCGGCUGAUUCAAUAUGGCUGCCUCCGAGAGCAUACAUUGAGUAAGGGAAGAGCCCCGUUCAAGUGCUUUGCUCUCCUCCGAUUCUCCUCCCCAGCUUUCCUUCUAGCCUCUCUCCGUAAGAUUUCUAUGAUACUACAGCAAUAGCUAACAGUCAUGUCCGCACGCGACUGUGCAAAAAUACAGCCCAUACCUGGGUAUUGAACGAAAGGCUAUCUGUAUGAGCUUUGACCGGUGUCGUAGUAUACUAGAUUAUCUUUCUUCGGAAACUGUAGACAAAUAACUGGAAACUUUGAAGACAUUGCUCAUUGAACUUCACAGAGUCACUGGGGAGCCGAACGGGGACACCAAAAGCUUGUGGUCGUGUUGUGUGAUGCGACGCAAGGUGCGGUGCUCCUCCAGGAAUAUAUGGAGCCGACAUCAGAACUGGCCUUCAAGGCGUCCUUUAGGAUUUGUUCACUUUCUUGCAAUAAUGCGAUUAACUUCGACCGGGAGUAAAUGCACAGUCACAGGUGUAAAAGCAUGAAAGAGGGGGCGAUCUAGUCAGCAAUUUCUGCUAUCUAUGUGCGUUUUUAUUUUCGGCAUGGGUGACCGUGCCGGACUUUAUGUUAAAAAAAAUCGGCGAAGCAAUAUGGGUGUAUAACUGCUAAAUGCUUUGCGUUGUACAUAUGAAUGGAAGAUGGUACUUACUUCACCACUUGAAGUAAAAUGUUUCAAGUGUACAGUGUGAUGCAGAUGUUGUAAAGAUUACUGCACUAGGAAAUUUCAAUAAAGCCUCACACAUGUUCA